GGACCGUGACUUCGCUCAUCGAUCCCCGCACGCCGCCCCGAUGCCCUGAACAACGCCCCCGGUCGUCUCUGUUCAAUAGAGAUACAGACACACUGCUUCACGACAUACGCCUUGCGCACUAUACCUAGUUACCCCCAACCACCUUCUGCUUAGUUCUGUUGUUGUCGUUCACUAUGAGCUUCCCAUCAUCCGCCGACCGGCCAGCGACGUCCAAGCCGCGUGGGAUUUGUCGCUUCUAUUCGACUUCCCGUGGGUGCCUCAACCCGGGAUGCAAGUUUCUGCACGGAGAGAACGAGGUACUCACACCAUACGACCGGAACAAGGUCUGCAAGUUCUUCGCCAGCGGCUUUUGCAAGAGAGGCGACAGGUGCUGGUUCAGACACAUCAUACCAGAGGCGAAUGACGAGCCGUGCUCGAUCUGCCUCGAGAAACCCGUCACCUACGGCCUGCUCACGGCUUGCUCCCACAUCUUCUGCAUCACAUGUUUGCGCUCGUGGCGCGACACGAACACGAAGUCGUCCGACGCCGUCGUGUCCGGGAACUUAAAGAGUUGCCCGCUCUGCCGCACGCCCUCGCGCUUUGUCGUCCCCUCCUCGCGCUUUUUCCCGCAAGGUCAUCCAGACAAGGACGCCGCCAUCGCACGCUUCAAGGAGAGCACGGCCCGCGUCGACUGCCGCUACUUCCAGAAGUCGCCCGCAGAUAGCCGUUUCUGCCCGUUCGGAAAGGAUUGCUUUUACCGCCACAUCAAUGCAGACGGCACGCCAUACGUGUUCAGCGAAGGUGUCGACUACUACAUGCCGAUUCACAAGCGCCGCCUCAACAGCCACCUUGAGGCCGUCUAUAUCGAUUGGGAUGUCGAGCCGCACAUGGCUGGCCUCAACGUGCACGUGGUUGAUCUACCCGCCUCGCUCACCGCGCUCAGCUCGACGAUCGACGCCAUCCGGGCGAACCUUGCCCCUCGACCGGCGUUUAAUCCGGAUUUGGGCUUUGACGAGGAGGAGGGGGAUGAAGACUAUACCGAGGACUUCGAUGCCAACGACAUGCUGCAUAUGACGGCGACGCUGCUCGAAGGCCUCCAGGGCCUGCGUGCCUCGAUGGGGCCAUUGGCCUCCCGAGACGAUGCCGACGCCGACACUGACAGCAUUCCCUCGCUUCGGACGGUGUCCGGCGACUCCGCGUCCGGCUCGGACUCGGAGGACGGUGAGGCCGGGGAUGACGACGCGUUCGAGUCUGUCCCGCGCACGGCGGGGGACGGGGGACAAGACCAAGUACGCCCUGGCACUGCACCGCGCUCCGGGCCGGGUGUUGACGCGCCUCUCGCUGACAGUCCCAGCCGUGGUGGUGACGCCCCGUCUCCCGUUCUUAACGUGCGGAGGGUGGGGAACGGGGUCAUGGUUGACAUGCUAUCGGGCGGCACUUUGUACUCGUCGUUGCCGCGUCCUCCGAUCGAGCGCGAUGGGUCACCGUUACUUGAUGGACCCGCGUCCGCGGAGGAGGGCCUCGCGAGGGAUCCGUCUGCGGAGGGGUUGACGGUGUCUAUCUCGCCGCGGUUCAGCACCGUGGUGAACACUGCGGGGCGGGUGGUCAUCGAUCUGGCCUCGGAGGAGGAAACGAUGACGGAAGACGAAGAGGACUCAGAGGCAGAGGGAGGCGUCAACACGGCCGACGAGGACGAUCACGCCAGUGCGGGCGACGACGAGGGGAACGCUGAAGCUGCACCCGGCUCAAGCGCGGCGACGGACGAAUCGCGGACAGACGCGCUGCCCCCGUCCCAUCCCUCCGCCCUGCCGCAGCCGUCGGAAGACGCGAAGUGGACCCACCCGCCGCAGAUCGAGUUUGACGCCGACCCGCCGUUCGCGACGGAUGGGCGUGGGCGGGUGGUUUGGAGCAGCGCGCAUCACCGGUUCGGGCGAGGACGACGAGGUGGGACUAGCAAGCGCGGGGGCAGCGUGAGGUCUGAAGCAAGCGGGAGUGGGAGCGCCGCUCAUGGAUAGACCGAGGGAAUAUCGUCGUUGUUGUGCUAUCGAACAGUGCAUGGAGCUGGUUAUGAUAGAGGUUUUCCUGGGUGUGGAAUGUAUGAACGGAUUGUGAAAUCUGAGCUCCGCUGCACUCGCACCGCGCUGGUUUUUGUCGACUCGGCUCUACAAUGGCGCGACGGUCUGUUCUUUACGGAUUCACGGCCUGCUCCUAUCUGGCUCUCUC